UCCCUAGGUUCUGAAUUAAGCUCAGGGCUCUCUGAAGAUGGCUACUCCUCAGAAAGUGAAGCCCUGGAAGGAGAUGAUGAGGAUGAAACGGCAACCUGUGGCGAUGCAGUGGGAGAGGCAUCAAAUUCUCAAGCUGGCCCGAGCACAGGCUGGGCAGAUGCCAUGGCCAAAGUGCUCAACAAAAAGAUUCCACAGAAUAAAUCCACCAUCUUGGCUAAGAGUAAGAAACUGGAGAGAGAGAGAGAAAAGUUAAAACAGGAAAGAUUGGAGAAGAGGAGGAAGCUCGAUAAAAAGCGGGAGUGGGAAAUGAUGUGCCGAGUGAAGCCAGAUGUUGUCAAAGACAGAGACAGAGAGAGAAAUCUUCAGAGAAUUGCCACGAGAGGUGUUGUGCAGUUAUUUAAUGCUGUCAGGGCACACCAGAAGAAUGUUGAUGAGAAGGUGAAGAAAGCUGGGAAGUCUGAGAGGCAACGUGCUAAACUGAUGUCAUCGGUUUCAAAGAAAGACUUCAUCGAUGUGCUGCGAAGUAUGGAAGGCGCUAAAGGAAACCAGAAUCCCUCUGGAAAGGCAGCAAAAAGCAAAGAGGGUGAAAAGAAGUCUGAAGAGGGGCCAGAAUGGAAUAUACUGCGCGAUGACUUCAUGAUGGGAGCGUCUAUGAAAGACUGGGACAAGGAGAGUGAUGGCGAGAGCAGUGUUGAACAAGGAGGUGGUCUGAAACAAGAAAGUGAAAGUGACUGA